CCCCCAACCCUGCCACAGACCCGCGUCAGGACGACCCUGCCUCCGCAGCUGUCCCUGGCCAGGGCCCAACCUUGUUCUAUUAAUAACUAAGCAAACUAGAACACCUCGGUCGGAGGCUGGGGUGCGCGGCCGCUGCACCUGCAGCCUGAACCCGGGGGCCCUGACACGCCGCAUUUUGGGCUGGGACCAGCUGGAGCCGGAAGCGGAGGUGCUGUGUCGCUAGCCGGAGACCGGAAGCGGAAGCGCCCUUGUGUCUUGUGAGAAGAGGCGUGCUUGCAGCGACUGAGAGUCUUAUCGGUCUCCGUGAGAGGUGCUUUGUUCCACAAAGUAUAAUUCAAGCUCAGAUUUGUGUUGAAACCAGCCUCAAGGUUCACCUAUCUUCACUGAUCCGUGGACUUCUAUAUGAUCAGAGUGUCGCUCUGUCGCCCAGGCUGGAGUGCAAUGGUGUGAUCCCGGCUCACUACAAGCUCUGCCUCCCACGUUCACGCCAUUCUCCUGCCUCAGCCUUCCAAGUAGCUGGGAUUCCAGAGUGCUGUCCUGAGAGCGCUGCAGGAUAAGGAAGGAGGGUCCUGCUUCCCGGCUGCCCUGUUGCUGUCGGAGUUACAGGAUGGCGGCCGUCAUCCUGCCCCCAACUGCUGCUCCGUCUUCCCCGUUCCCAGCCUCUCAGCGAGAAGGACACACAGAGGGUGGAGAGCUGGUGAAUAAGCUCCUGACAAGCUGGCUACAGGGCUUGGUGACGUUCGAGGAUGUGGCCGUGGAGUUCACCCAGGAGGAGUGGGCAUUGCUGGACCCUGCCCAAAGGACACUGUACAGGGACGUGAUGCUGGAGAACUUCAGGAACCUGGCCUCCUCACUGGGGAACCAAGUUGAUAAACCUAGUCUGAUCUCCCAGUUGGAGCAAGAAGAUAAAGUGAUGACAGAAGAGAGAGGAAUUCUCUCAGGUACCUGUCCAGAUGUGGAGAAUCCACUUAAAGCCAAAGGGUUAACUCCUAAGCUGCAUGUUUUUCGAAAAGAACAAUCUAGAAAUAUGAAAAUGGAGAGGAAUCAUCUUGGAGCAACACUCAACGAAUGUAAUCAGUGUUUUAAAGUCUUCACCGCAAAAUCUUCCCUUAAGCGGCACAUGAGGAUUCAUACUGGAGAAAAACCCAAUCACUGCAGUGAAUGUGGGAAAUCCUACAGCAGCAGAUCUUACUUUGCUAUUCAUAAGAGAAUCCACAAUGGGGAGAAACCGUAUGAAUGCAGUGACUGUGGGAAAACCUUCAGCAGCAGAUCUUACCUUACUGUUCAUAAGAGAAUCCACAAUGGGGAGAAACCCUAUGAAUGCACUGACUGUGGGAAAACCUUCAGCAAUUCCUCAUACCUCAGACCACACUUGAGAAUUCACACUGGAGAAAAACCCUACAAAUGUAACCAGUGUUUUCGUGAGUUCCGCACUCAGUCAAUCUUCAAAAGGCACAAGAGAGUUCAUACAGGGGAGGGUCAUCAUGUAUGUAAUGAGUGUGGAAAGGCUUUCGUCACGAGGUCGUCUCUUUCUUCACACUAUAGCAUUCAUACAGGGGAGUACCCUUAUGAAUGCUACGAUUGUGGGAGAACCUUCAGGAGGAGGUCGAAUCUGACACAUCACAUAAGAACUCAUACUGGAGAAAAACCCUACACAUGUGAUGAGUGUGGGAAAUCUUUUACCAAUAGCUUUUCUCUUACAAUUCACAGGAGAAUACAUAAUAGAGAGAAAUCCUAUGAGUGCAGUGAUUGUGGAAAAGCCUUUAAUGUUCUCUCGUCUGUUAAGAAACACAUGAGAACUCACACUGGAAAAAAACCCUAUGAAUGUUCUUAUUGUGGGAAAUCCUUCACAAGUAACUCCUACCUUUCUGUGCAUACGAGAAUGCAUAAUAGGCAAAUGUGAAUUCGAUAACUGUGGGAAAAGCAUUCAUUGAUCUUUCUUUUUUUUUUUUUUUUUUUUUUUUGAGACGGAGUCUCGCUGUCGCCCAGGCUGGAGUGCAGUGGCGCGAUCUCGGCUCACUGCAGGCUCCGCCCCCUGGGGUUCACGCCAUUCUCCUGCCUCAGCCUCCUGAGUAGCUGGGACUACAGGCGCCCGCCACCUCGCGCGGCUAAUUUUUUGUAUUUUUAGUAGAGACGGGGUUUCACCAUGUUAGCCAGGAUGGUCUCGAUCUCCUGACCUCGUGAUCCGCCCGCCUCGGCCUCCGAAAGUGCUGGGAUUACAGGCGUGAGCCACCGCGCCCGGCCUGAUCUUUCAUGCCUCAGAUAACAUGAGCGAACUCUAACCAGAUGUAUGAAUCACCUGCUACUGUGUAACAAGUUACCCCCCAAACUUUUGUGGCUUCAAACAAAAACACUUGUAUCUCACAAUUUUUGUAGGUCAGGAAUUCAGAAACAACGUAGCGCUAUAGUUCUUCAGGAUCUCUCAAGAGGUUACAGUCCAGAUGUCAGCAGAACCAUAAUCCAGAAUUUUUACUGGUGAAGGGACCACUUCCAAAUGGCUCACUCACAUGCCUGACAAGUGCAUGCUAGCUGUUUCCAGGGGACCUGCACUUCCAAACCACGUAGGCCUCUCAACAGAGCUGAGUUUCUUUAUGGAAGCAACUUCUCCCCAAAGCCAGUGAUCUAAAGGAGCCAACACAGAAAGCAUAAUGUCUUUUAUGACCUCACUUCAGUGAGAUAUGUUUUCAUGUCCCUGUUACAUUGGUCAUACACACCAAUCCUGAUACAAUGUUGAAGAACACCACAGGAGGUACGAACAGUAGACAUUCGGAACCAUGUGGAAAGCUUGCCAUGAAAUCAGUGGAGGAAAGCCUUCAGCUGACCCUCAUUUUUUUUUUUUUUUUUUAAGACAAUGUCUUGCUCUGUCACCCAGGCUGGAGCACAGUGGUGUGAUCACAGCUCACUGCAGCCUCUACUUCCUGGGAUCAAGUAAUUCUCCUGCCCCAGCCUCCAAUGUAGCUGGGACUACAGGUGCAUGACACCAUGUCUGGCUAAUUUUUUUUUUUUAACUAGAGGGAGAGUUUUGCCAUGCUGCCCAGACUAGUCUCAAACUCCUAGGUUCAAGCAGUCAUUUCAUCUUGGCCUCCAAAAGUACUGGGAUUACAGGCAUGAACCACCACACCCAGCCAACUUCUAAUCUGAUCAAUAUGGGAGUAGCAUUCAAUAACCCACAGGUUAACUCAAUCUAGAGAGAAAUCUUGUGAGUGUAAUGUGUAUGGUAAAACCUGGAGCUCAAACUCUUUCCCCCUACCGAAAAAAAAGUAUCUACUGGGGAGCUGCCCAGGUAAUGCAGUAGCUGUAGGAAAGCCUUCAGUGAUGGCCUCAGGGAGUCACAUGACAACUCACAAUAAGGGGAAACCCUGUGUGUGGCAUCAAAAACGGAAAACCAUUCAGGGGACACUCAUUCCUUUAGUCACAUUUCGGAGAUCAUACAACAGAGGAAUAUGUUGAGUAUACACAGUGUUGAAAAGCCUGUGACACAAACAGUCAUGUUACCAAGCACAAGACAGUAUAGUUUAGUACGCUAUAAAAGCCUUGAAUAUUCUCUGCAUUUUUAAGAAGUGAGAUUCAUACUAGAAAAACCAUUGAAUUCCAUCAGUAUUAGAACGUCAUUUUUCCACAUUUUUUAGGAACCUAACUCAGUGUAAGAUAACUAUUCAAUUUAUUUUUUGAGACAGGGUUUCAUCUGUGCCCAGGCUGUAGCACAGUGGUGCAAUCCUGGCUUAUUGCAACCUCCGCCUCCCAGGCUCAAGGGAUCCUCCCACCUCAGCCUCCCAAGUAGCUGGGACUGUAGGCACAAACCACCAUGCCUGUCUACUUUUUGUAAAGAUGGGGAUUCACCAUGUUGCCCAGGCUGCUCUCAAACUCCUGGGCUCAAGUGAUCCACCUGCCUCAGCCUUCCAAAGUGCUGGGAAUACAGCAACAAGCCACCACUCCCAGCCAGAACUUCUUAAGAUAAAGGAUGAGGGAAUGUUUUCAGUGAUAUCUCUUACAUUAGGAAAAAUAUGAAAAUGUUCCUUGGAUGCAAUACCCAUGAGUAUAUUAAUUUCAGAAAAAUUUUCAGUGAUUCCUCCCUUUAUACAUGAGAGAAUUCAUAUAGAGGAAGCCCUAGGAACAUAAUCAAUGUUAGGAUGCCUUACCUCUUAACUGAGUGGCCACACAGUAACUUACACUGAGAACAAAAGGUAUAAGUGCUAGGAAUGUGGAAUUACCUUCAUCAGUGUCUCAUUUGUAGGUUGGGUCACUAGCUCAUUCAUUUUCAGUCUUUUAAUAGAAACAUUUAUGGCUAUAGCAGUCCUGAAAAUCUUACUACCUUGUUUUAUAUACAGUAUAUUUAUUAUAAUUCUAAAACAUCAAUACACCAAAUACUCAGAAAGGUAUUUCCAAACAGCUCCUGAGUGAUCUAGUUUGUUAGAAAUUAGACAAUAUUUGCCAGGCGUGGUGGCUCACACCUAUAAACCUAGCAUUUUGGGAGGCUGAGGCGGGUGGAUCACUGGAGGUCAGGAGUUUGAGACCAGCCUGGCCAACAUGGUGAAACUCUGCCUCUACUAAAACAUACAAAAAUUAGCCGGGUGUGGUAGCAGGCACCUAUAAUCCCAGCUACUCAAGAGGCUGAGGAAGGAGAAUCACUUGAACCCGGGAAAUGGAGGUUGCAGUGAGCCGAGAUCAUGCCACUUCACUCCAGCCUGGACAAAAGAGUGCAACUCUGUCUCAAAAAAACAAAUCAGACAAUAUUUGAUAUAUUUUUUUCUAAUUUAAUAGCAUUUUGUCAGAGUACAUGGACUUUGUGAUUUUGGUUGUUUUCUCUUUGUGUCCUAAUAUAAUAAAUACUGUUUCUUUUUUUUUGGGAUGGAGUCUUGCUGUGUUGUCCAGGUUAGAAUGCAGUGGCGCAAUUGCAGCUCACUGCAAGCUCUGCCUCCCAGAUUCACACCAUUCUCCUGCCUCAGCCUCCCAAGUAGCUGGGACUACAGGUGCCCGUCACCACGCCCGGCUAAUUUUUCGUAUUUUUAGUAAAGAUGGGGUUUCACUGUGUUAGCCAGGAUGGUCUCAAUCUCCUGACCUCGUGAUCCGCCUUGGCCUCCCAAAGUACUGGGAUUACAGGCGUGAGCCACCACGCCUCGUGCAAAUACUGUUUCUUAAUAUUCAUUCUCCUUACUUAAAAAAAAGACAAGUUGUCAAUGAGCAGUAUUGAAAAUGUACAGUGGGGCCAGGCACCCUGGCUCAUGCCUAUAAUCCCAGCACUUUGGGAGGCCGAGGUGGGUGGAUCACCUGAGGUCAGGAGUUCAAGACCAGCCUGCCCAACAUGGUGAAACCUCGUCUCUACUAAAAAAAAUACAAAAAUUAGCUGGGUGUGAUGACGGGUGCCUGUAAUCCCAGCUACUUGGGAGGCUGAGGCAGGAGAAUCGCUUGAGCCUGGGAAGUGGAGGUUGCAGUGAGCCGAGAUCGCACAACCACACUCCAGCUUGGGCGACAGAGUGAGACUCCAUCUCAAAAAAAGACGUACAGUGUACCAGGCUUUCCUGAAGCUUAGACAGGCUUUAUCCCACUCUGCUGGCUAAAAGAAGUAGGAAUAACGCACUGGGUGAGACACCAUCUGGCUUAUUCUCAUCUAUUUUCUUUACAUUCUUUCUUUUGGAAAGUGGACACAAAGCAUAGAGUUAAAAGAGCCUUUUUUUUUUUUUUCACUGUGAUGAUAAAAACCACAGUGCAGGGGCUGGGCACGGUGGCUCAUGCCUGUAAUCCCAGCACUUUGGGAGGCCGAGGCAGGCGGAUCACCUGAGGUGGGGAGUUCAAGACCAGCCUGACCAACAUGGAGAAACCCUGUCUCUCCUAAAAAUACAAAGUUAACCGAGUGUGUUGGCGUGUGCCUGUAAUCUCAGCUACUUGGAAGGCUGAGGCAGGAGAAUUGCUUGAAACUGGGCAGAGGUUGCAGUGAGCCAAGGUUGACCCACUGCACUCCAGCCUGGGCAACAAGAGCGAAACUCCGUCUCAAAAAAAAAAGAAGAAACAGUGCUGAAAAAUCACAGUGAUUUGAGUUCUUCAGAAACCUUUGAUUGGCUGCAUUGGCUCUGUUCUGCAUAUUACUAGACUUCUUACAUGAUCACAAGUAACCACUAACUGGCCAAAACCAAAGAGAGAGAGAGAGAGUGUGUGUGUGUGUGUUUGGUUGGGGGGGUGUUCUGUUAGCUUCCAGGUGAAUGCAUUAUCUGUUAAUCCUGUUUUUUGAUCUGUUUUUAUAAGUGCUCCAUGAUUCUUUGAAAACAGUAUAGUGUGUAUCUAAUUUUUGGAUACAGGAUGGACAUAUAUACUCAAACUAAUUGUGUUUUUCAAUAUGUACUGUAUUUUUUUCUCUUGACCUGACUUAGUGAUAGAGGUAUAUUAAAGUCUUCCACUAGCAUGGUGGAUUAACAAA